AGUGACGUCGUGUGGGGCGGGUCCGGCCGCGCACAAUGGGCCAUGGAGUUCCCGUUCGAUGUGGACGCGCUGUUCCCGGAGCGGAUCACGGUGCUGGACCAGCACCUGAGGCCCCCAGCCCGCCGACCCGGAACCACAACGCCGGCCCGUGUUGAUCUGCAGCAGCAAAUUAUGACCAUUAUAGAUGAACUGGGCAAGGCUUCUGCCAAGGCCCAGAAUCUUUCCGCUCCCAUCACUAGUGCAUCGAGGAUGCAGAGUAACCGCCAUGUUGUUUAUAUUCUCAAAGACAGUUCGGCGCGACCGGCUGGCAAAGGAGCCAUUAUUGGUUUCAUCAAAGUUGGAUACAAGAAGCUCUUUGUACUGGAUGAUCGUGAGGCUCAUAAUGAGGUAGAACCACUUUGCAUCCUGGAUUUCUACAUUCAUGAGUCUGUGCAACGCCAUGGCCAUGGGCGAGAACUCUUCCAGUAUAUGUUGCAGAAGGAGCGAGUGGAACCACACCAACUGGCCAUUGACCGACCCUCACCGAAGCUGCUGAAAUUCCUGAAUAAGCACUACAAUCUGGAGACCACGGUCCCACAGGUGAACAACUUUGUGAUCUUUGAAGGCUUCUUUGCCCAUCAACAUCGGCCCCCUGCUCCCUCUCUGAGGGCAACUCGACACUCUCGUGCUGCUGCAGUUGAUCCCACGCCCGCUGCUCCAGCAAGGAAGCUGCCACCCAAGAGAGCAGAGGGAGACAUCAAGCCAUACUCCUCCAGUGACCGAGAAUUUCUGAAGGUGGCUGUGGAGCCUCCUUGGCCCCUAAACAGGGCCCCUCGCCGUUCCACACCUCCAGCCCACCCACCCCCCCGUUCCAGCAGCCUGGGAAACUCACCAGAACGAGGUCCCCUCCGCCCCUUUGUGCCAGAGCAGGAGCUGCUGCGUUCCUUGCGCCUCUGCCCCCCACACCCUACUGCCCGCCUUCUGCUGGCUGCUGACCCUGGGGGCAGCCCAGCCCAACGUCGUCGCACCAGCUCCCUUCCCCGCUCUGAGGACAGUCGAUACUGACAGACAGCUACCCUCUCCCCUCCCUGGGAGACCUGGGGUGGGCAGAGACACCCUCCCUGAGAACCCUAGACCCACUCUUCCAUUGCAUCCUGUAGGACCCAGUGGAACCUGACAGAGCCCCUAAGAUUCCCUCUUCUACUUUCUUAGACAUUAGGGUUGUCAGGGACUCAAAUGGCCUAACACUUUGUAGCUUUUCUUACCCCAAAAGCACCCCUUCUCUCCUAACUUGGGCUCUAAAUACCUUCCCCACAGACAGCCUGAUCUGUUGUCAGACCCCUUGGUUGGGUGGCUCAUACAUUUAGAGAAGCACAUUCUUGCUUGCUGUCAAACCCUAGAACACCAUGGAAGGUCUAGGUGUCCUCUGCCAGGGAAACUUUUUAAGGAGUCUUAUCCAUGGGAUAAACCCCAUAUUCCCUCUAGGGUCUACUGGUGGCUCUACUACGUGCCCUUUGAGCCUGGGAACGGCUGCCAGUGAGCAAGCUCUGCUUCAGAGCAGUCUAGUUAAGUAGGACAGGGACUUACCAGCUCCCCAAAGGGAUCUACUCAACAUUGCCAAACUCUUCAUUUCCAUAUUUUGUGUAGGUGUCAGGGAACCCCAAACUGAUGUUGCUUUGGGGUUUCUAAAGGAGACUGGCUGACACCACCUUUUCCCCUAGAUCCAUUCUCUGAGGGAGCUUGUUUCUUGAGAAUAGAUCCAGAGUCUCAAGGAUCUGUUAGAUCCUGGAAUCCCCUCUUGCAUCCAUCCCUCCCUGGUAGCUAGAUGCUGAUAUAUUCCCAUCUUGUGAGAUUGUCAAGGUCAGAUAGGGGACCAUUCUUUCUCUGUCCUUCCUCUCUCCUUUCCUCCAUAGCAAGGACGACCUUCCCUGUGCCAUGCCCGCGAUAUAGCUAGAUCCUUUCCCCUCCCUACCCUCUGAAUGUAUGCUAGAUCAGGGGCCCACUGUGUUUCCUGAAAUCCUUGGGAGCCGGAUCUCCUCCCCUCCCCUACUCACUCUUCCCUUUUCUUCUCCCUCUCAGUGUCAUCUCAAUAAAAUAUGAAUUCUUUUGUGUUUUCUAAAUUGACAUUUUCAAUGAAAAAAAUGAAUCACA